AUGGGUAGCAAAACAUGCAGAGCACGACCCAUGUGGAUGUGGUAUUUUCGCAAUGCUGAAUACUGCCUUGGAAAAAUACUCACCACGCUCAACACCCUUGAGCCCAAUGCGAUGGCAACGCCAGAGCUGCGCAAAUGGACCGGCAUAGAGUUCAAUGAGCUUGACAUAAAAUCCGGGCUUACGAGCAACGGUUCUUCGUUUUUCACGCCCCGUCACGAUGAAACUUGCAAGAUUUCCAAUACUGGACGAGACCCAGAUAGUGUGGGAGAGGACGAAUUCACCUGCUGUCGGCGCCUGGGGAAAGCCGGAAUUAAUCGUCAUAGUGGGCUCCAAAUGGACGCUGCUUUUGCUUUUAGGGAUUAUGCCCGGGACCUAGCUGAUGUCUACCAGCUUCAUGACGAAUGGGAAUACAUUCCGGGAAAAUCGGACUUGAAGGGCCAGUUUAGUUCUAGUCGCAACAGCCCCCAUGGCUUUGAUGUCUUUCGUGGAUCGCAGAUCACGAGUACUCGCCAGUGUCACCGGAGUGUCUGGAUGGCAUCCCAUAAUUCAGCAGACGCGAAUUGGCCAUCUGUGUCCGAGCUUAUUAUGCUCGUGAGUUAG